AUGAAAUCUGCUGCUGACUAUGUUAUCGUCGGCGGAGGCACUGCUGGUCUCGUCAUCGCCGCCAGGCUCUCUGAAGACCCAAGCAAGACGGUCAUCGUCCUCGAAGGUGGCCAGAUAAUGACCGAGGACCCAAGAGUAAACAUCCCAGCUCUAUGGACUACGCUGAUGGGCUCAGAGGCCGACUGGUCUUUCGAGACAGUGCCCCAGCAUAGCUCGAGCAAGGUUGCUGACCUAGCUUUCUUUGAUCCCCUACAGGCGGAACUUAAUGAUAGAGCCAUCAAGGAGCCGCAGGGUAAGCUUCUGGGAGGCUCGUCUGCGGUCAACGGCCAGGCCUUCAUUGCUCCAUCUCAGGCCGGUAUCGAUGCCUGGGCGUGGCUCGGGAAUCCAACGUGGACCUGGGAAUCUCUCCUCCCAUACUAUCGCAAAUCAUACACUCUACAUGUGCCUGAUGAGCGGACCUGCAAGCAUCUGGACCUUGGCUGGAUCGAUGACAACGUAAAGGGAGUGGACGGCCCUAUCCAUGUCUCGUUCGCCGGCGUGGCGCAGAACCCCUUGAUCAAGGCCUGGAUAGAUGCUUUCAAGAGCUUGGGAUACAAUACCACGGCCGACCCGUUCUCUGGAAAGUCCAUCGGGGCUUAUAGCAACGCCUCCACCAUUCAUCCAACCACAAAGACUCGAAGCCAUGCUGGUAUUGAGUACGGCUUACCAGCGUCGAGGAGACCAAAUGUCAGAAUCAUGACAUGUGCGACAGCCCAGAGAAUCGUCCUGGAAGAUUCCUCUGAAGGUGUGGUGGCCAAGGGCGUUGAAGUUAACGUCGGUGGCAACAUAGAAACUAUCACGGCUAACACUGAGGUUAUUCUUGCUGCUGGAGCUUUCAACACCCCAAAGCUCCUUGAACUCUCUGGUAUAGGAGGUGCAGAAACCUUGAGUAGCGUUGGCAUCCCCGUCGUCAUCGAUAACUCUGGGGUUGGGGAGAAUCUGCAGGACCACCUGAUGACCGGAAUCAGCUUCGAGGUCGUUGAAGGUGUGGCCACCAGUGACCCUUUGAUGCGCCAGGAGGCUGAGGCGAUCCAGGAAGCUAUGCAGAUGUACACUGAGCAUAAGGCAGGGCCAAUGCUUAUUGGAGGAGUGCAGUCCAGUGCAUUCAUGCCUCUGUUCGAAUUUUCCAGUGUCGAUGGAGUAAGACGUAGGAAAGAGUUAUUUGAUACUCACCUUACGUCGAACUCCGACCAGGAGCAAGCCAUCCGUGCCAUUAUCGACGGCCCGGACGAGGCUACAUGUGCUAUGUUUAUGUUCCUAGCUCAGGCAAAUCUCCAUGAGAACAGCAGAAGCUUUGUUGGUCAAAAUCUCCUGCCAGGUAACUAUGUUAGCUUAGGCCUAUCGCUAGCUAUGCCCUUUUCCCGCGGGAGCACCCAUAUCACGUCCUCCAACCCCGAGGACAAACCAAAGAUUGAUCCACGCUUCUUCUCCCAUCCUCUAGAUAUAGAGAUCAUGGCACGGAGACUUAUAGACUUGGAGAGGCUACAUACACUCGACGGGCUCAAGGAUUUCAUCAAGCCAGAUGGGCAACGUAACCACCUAGAUGCUUUUCUAACAGACCUUGAUUCUGCAAAUAGGUAUCUACGUGAUACUGCGACCACCGCAUACCACACCUGUGGCACGGCCGCGAUGCUGCCACGAGAGAAAGGAGGCGUGGUCGACGAGAAGCUAGUCGUUUAUGGCACGAAGAAUCUUCGGGUCUGUGAUGCUAGCAUCUUUCCAUUGAUCACCCGUGGAAAUAUAAUGUCUACCGUUUAUGCCGUAGCGGAAAGGGCGGCAGAUAUCAUCAAAGGCAGAGCAUAG